AUGGCACUCGGCCAAAAUGCGACCAACCCACCCACGCCUACCAUCACAGCGCCGUCCACCACAGUUGCACAACCCGUUACACUUGCACCCACGACGACUCCUCCGGCCACUCCCGCGCCCACCACUACGUCACCUCCAGUAAUCACGUCACCUCCAGCAACCACGUCGCCUCCAGCAACCACGUCGCCUCCAGUAACCACGUCGUCUCCUGUAACCACGUCUCCUCCAGUAACCACAUCACCUCCAGCAACCACAUCACCUCCAAUAACCACAUCACCUCCAGUAACCACUACGCCUCCAGAAACCACCACGCCUCCAGUGACCACUUCGCCUCCAGUGACCACAUCACCUCCAGUAACCACCACGCCUCCAGCAACCACGACUGCUACUACUUUGGCGCCACCUACCACGGCACCAGUCACUGAAACGUCUGCGCCCGUGACCACCGCGGCUCCUGUAACAACUGCGCCAGCAACGACCAUAGAAACAAUCACAACAACUCCUGCCCUUUCCACACCGUCGCUUCGACCGGUGACCACGUCCAUGAGCACACCCACCAAGACACCAGACACGACCGUGACUCCAACGACAACAAAUGCGACUGGAAACAUUGCGGCCUCGCCGCCCGCGCCAACAGCCAUGCCAGUUGAAACGCCGUCCACCACAGUUGCACAACCCGUUACACUUGCACCCACGACGACUCCUCCGGCCACUCCCGCGCCCACCACUACGUCACCUCCAGUAAUCACGUCACCUCCAGCAACCACGUCGCCUCCAGCAACCACGUCGCCUCCAGUAACCACGUCGUCUCCUGUAACCACGUCUCCUCCAGUAACCACAUCACCUCCAGCAACCACAUCACCUCCAAUAACCACAUCACCUCCAGUAACCACUACGCCUCCAGAAACCACCACGCCUCCAGUGACCACUUCGCCUCCAGUGACCACAUCACCUCCAGUAACCACCACGCCUCCAGCAACCACGACUGCUACUACUUUGGCGCCACCUACCACGGCACCAGUCACUGAAACGUCUGCGCCCGUGACCACCGCGGCUCCUGUAACAACUGCGCCAGCAACGACCAUAGAAACAAUCACAACAACUCCUGCCCUUUCCACACCGUCGCUUCGACCGGUGACCACGUCCAUGAGCACACCCACCAAGACACCAGACACGACCGUGACUCCAACGACAACAAAUGCGACUGGAAACAUUGCGGCCUCGCCGCCCGCGCCAACAGCCAUGCCAGUUGAAAGUACCGCCAACUCGAACGUGAUUUGGAUCGUUCUGGGCGGUGUCAUCGGCGCCUUGGCGGCUGGGAUCUGCAUUGUGUUUGUGCUGAAGCGGUCUCGAAAGGACCAAGGUCGUGAUGACGACGUCAUUUCCAACUAUGGCGGCGGCAACCUGAGCUCGCCGCAAAUAGGGGACUACAAAUCGAACUUGUCCACGAGCUACCUCCUACGGACCGUCCCGGCAGUUGUCUCGCCAUCCGCCAUCGCCGAUCAAUCGCCGCCGUUGGUCGUAGGGGGGCAAGUAAACAUGCCAGACGAGGAGGAGCAGUACUACAGUGACCUGGACAUCUCCCGACCGAGCACCCCUGCAGAAGACAUGGUGGUGCGUCGACCAAAUGGAUCCCCGAACCUGUGGCAAAGCGCCAUGACCAGCAGCCCCCGUGCGUUUCAGUCGUCCGUGUUCCCGUCGAAUUUGUCCGACAGUUACUCCAUUCGCCCCAGCGGCUCCAGCGAUGGAACGCCAUCGGAAUCGUUUUCGAUCGACCGACUUACCCCGUCCCGAGACCCCCACUCGCUAUGA